UGGCAUGGCAGUGCCGUUUUCAUGGUUUAUUUUAAUAGGAAGGAACAAAAUAUUCGGGCGAAGAUUGCUCCUCUCCAUGAUCCCUUAACAAAAACCAAGAUAUCUUUUCUUGUAGAUUUCUUUGAAUCGUCAAAAUCUAAGAUUUUCUUUUCUCUUUCUUCGCUUAUUCCUUAAUGGUUUCCAUGUCUUCGCUUUGUUCUAUAAUUUAGUUAAAAGAGAGUCUUGCAUGCUUUUGGGGCUCUUCUUUUACAUUUCCAAAGAAAAUACAUCUUUUUCUACUUUUUUUUUUUUUUUUGUAUUUCAAGAUCCAAAAGGUUUUUAAGGGUUUGAAAAUAUGUUGCAAAGAGCUGCUAGCAAUGCCUAUUCAUGGUGGUGGGCUAGCCAUAUUAGAACAAAACAGUCGAAAUGGAUGGAACAAAACCUUAAAGAUAUUGAGGAAAAGGUAUCCAUUGUGAUUAAACUCAUUGACGAAGAUGGAGAUUCAUUUGCCAAGAGAGCAGAAAUGUACUACAAAAAGAGGCCAGAAUUGAUUCAAUUUGUGGAAGAAUUUUACAAAGCUUACCGUGCCUUAGCCGAACGGUACGAUCACAUAUCAACAGAGCUGCAAAAUGCAAACAACACAAUUGCUUCUGUUUGUCCGGAGCAGGCCCAGUUUGCAAUGGAUGAUGACGAGGAAUAUGGCUCACCCAAAUUCGCAAAGUCUCCAGUAAACUAUAAAGGCGAUGUCCCCAAGGUUCCAGACCUUCCUGUCAAAGAUUUGAAGAGUUUAAUAACAUCAGCCACGAAGAAAACGGAACCUAAGAAACCAACGAAAGUCACUACUGAUGCGGUUCCUAAAUCUGGUUUGACCAAGGCUGAGGGACUUGAAGAGAUUCAUAAGCUUCAGAAACGAAUCCUGGCAUUUCAGACUGAAAAACAGUUUGUUAAGGGCUCUUAUGAGAGUGGACUAGCCAAAUACUGGGAAAUAGAAGAUGAGAUAAAAGCAUUGCAAGAGAAAGUUUACAGUUUGGAAGAUGAAUUCGGUGAAGGUAAGGUCAUUGAAGAUGAUGAAGCUCGAACCCUUAUGACAGCGAAAGCUUUACAAUCAUGCAAAGAGACAUUGACUCAGAUGCAGGAGAAGCAAGACAGGUCAGUCGUGGAAGCAGAAGUGGAGCAGAAAAGGAUCAAGGAUGCCAGGGAGAAACUGGAUUCUCUCAAGAACAAGUUUCACUUAACUGAAGUCGGUUGGGAACGACCAUCUGAUGUACAUAACUCAGGAAUAGUAGCAGAAAGGUCUAAAAAAUUUGAACAAGAAGCAAGUGAUACUACCCAAAAGAGAAAGGAGAUCGAGACCUCGAUACCAAAGAUGAAGGAGCAAUUUGAGUUUGGCCCUUGUGAAUCUUUGACUGUAGCAGAAAUGGUGGAGAAGGUUGAUGAACUUGUGAACAAGGUAAUCAGCUUAGAAACUGCAUUCUCAUCUCAGGAAGCUCUUAUCCAGAGACUUAGAACUGAGACUGAUGAGCUUCAAGCCCAGAUUCAGACCUUGGAAGAUGAUAAGGCCACACUGGUUCAUGGAAAGAAUGAUUUGAGGAACAAGCUAAUGGAGAUGGAGGAGAAGUUUCAUGGGAUUCAGGAUUUGAAUCAGAGUGUUGAAGACCAGAAUAACAAUCUCCAAACUCAUUUUACUGAAGCACAUUCUAAUAUUGAUCACCUUUCAGAGAAGGUGCACAGUAUGAAGCCGGGUGAGAAGCUUGAAAUAGAGAAGAGCUCUUCAGGGGAAGCCAAAUCUUCAAAGGAAGAGGAGAUUGGAGAUUAUGGCAAAAUGCCAAAGGAGGUUAAAGCAGGCAAGGAGUUUGUGGUAGAGCAUGCAUCAGAAAGGGAGAACUCUCCAGCUGAAGUCAAAUCCUCAAAAGAGUCUGAAGAGAGGAGCAAUCUGGAUGCAAGUGAUGGCUGCAAAAGCCUGCAGUCUGCAAAACAAGCUAUGGUUGUGGUCUCUGAUUCACUAUCAAGAGAAGAGGAUUGUGUGGUUAAAGUGUCAUCGACAAAAGAAUUGGAAGAACGAGGAGAAAAACUAGAUCAUUCUGAUGGUUGUACGAAGGGUGGGGAUGCGGAAUCAGAAGUAAGGGAGGAUCUGAAACUAGAAAAGAGGGAGGAGGCAGAAGAACAUGAUUCUGUUAGAACUUCUACAGAUGAAGGAGGCGUUCACCAUCAAAAUUCUAAGCCUUCGGAGAAAUGUGAAGACCUGAUAGCAGAGAACAAAGUUGAUAAGCAACCUCCUUUGCUGAUAGUGGACAACACUCUUGUAAAAGUUGAAUCCAAAGAACAGGAAAGAAGGCUAGAAGAUGCAUCAAAGGGUGGGGACACAGAACCAAAAGCAAGGGAGGAUCUGAAACGAGAAGAGAGGGAGGAGGCAGAAGAACAUGAUUCUGUUAGAACUUCUACAAAUGAAGGAGGUGUUCACCAUGAAACUUCUAAGCCUUCGGAGAAAUGUGAAGACCUGAUAGCAGAAGACAAAGUUGACAAGCAAGCUCCUUUUCUGACCAUGGAUGCUGUUGCCAAAGUUGGAGCAAAAGACCAGGAAAGAGGGGAAGAAGAUGAGCCUGACUGGAAGCAGUUGUUCUCGAAAGGUAUGGGAGACAGGGAGAGGACUCUGUUGACAGAAUAUACUAUGGCACUUCGGAAAUACAAGGAAGUGAAAAAGAAGCUCGUGGAAGUAGAGGCAAAUAACCAGAAUAUGUUGUUUGAUAUUAUGUUGCAGCUAAAGGAACUGAAGAGCCAUAAUGCCAUGAAAGAUGAAGAGAUUCGAUCCUUGCGUCAGAAAUUAAACCUUUUACAGACAAGUAUUGCUGAAAUCAACAGUACUGAUCAAUAUGUUGAUCCUAGAAUAAGCACUGAGAAACCAGUAGUGACUGAAACAUCAAUAGCACCAGCACACAAGGAGGAAGGAAAUGAACCAACGGUAAUGAACCAGCCUCCAACAAUGUCAGCAAUUGAAGCAAAGUUCCGGAUGAACAUUGAUGCAUUGCUAGAAGAAAACUUGGAAUUCUGGUUUAGAUUCGGCACUGCGUUUCAUGAGGUGCAGAAAUUUGAAAAUGGAGUGAAAGAUUUAGUGGGUGAGGUAUCAAAACUUGGAGAAAGACAAAAGCAAGAGGGAAGUAGCACAAAAAAAUAUUCACUAAAAUCAGAUGUGCGACCCUUGUAUGAACAUCUGAAGGAAAUACAGCAUGAAGUGACUCUCUGGGUGGAAAACAGUGCAUCACUAAAAGAAGAACUGAAGAAGCGAUUUUCAUCUUUGUGUGAAAUUCAAGAAGAAAUAACGAAGGCUUUGAAAGCAAGCGCUGAAGAUGAUGAUUUCAGCUUCACAAGCUACCAAGCAGUGAAAUUCCAAGGUGAGAUUUUGAACAUGAAACAGGAGAAUAACAAAGUUGCAGAUGAACUGCAAGCUGGUUACAAUCGUGUUACAGCACUACAGAUUGAAAUUGAAAGAAGUCUGGCGAAGUUGAGUGAUGAUUGGGAUCUUUCUGGAUCAAAGAGCCAUCAAAGUAGCGAACCACAACAGUCACAUAGUCGAUCUGGGGUUCCUUUGAGGUCAUUUAUCUUUGGUGCCAAACUAAAGAAGCAGAAGGCAUCGAUUUUUUCCUUUGUACAACCUACACUGCAUCGGAAGUUCAGUAGUUCAAGAAGUGGCAACCAAUAGAUAUAAAUAGAUUGGUUGCCUGUAUAAGCUCAUACUUAAAAAAAAGUUUUUUUUUUUUUCCCUUUUUCUCAAACUUGAUUUCUUCCUUUUGUGAAUGCAGCAGUUUCCUUCUCAUUUUAUUUAAUAACUGGGAAACUAUGUUUUCAGUUGGCUGUAGAUGUUCUAUUUCAUACAUAGUCUGUACUUACAAACGUGAUAGGAAUAUUCACUUAUUUGUAUCCUUCAUUCUCAUUUAACUCAGCUUUAGCAAA